AUGGCCACACCUGGUGCCGACUCGGCGACAAGGGCGGGAGAGCCGCCCGAGUUCAUUGAAGUGGGCGACACGGCCACGCCCGAAGAGGCGUCUGAGCCUGAAGACUGGGAUGCGCGCUCAUCAACGUCGACCUCGUUAGCAUCCGGCAUCCAGAGGCAUGCGUUCGCCAACGGUCGGAGGUAUCAUGCUUACCGCGAUGGGAGAUAUCCCAUUCCCAACGACGAGACAGAACAAAAUCGCGAGGAUAUGAAGCAUGCUAUGGUACUGGAGUUGAGCGACGGGAAGCUUUUCCAUGCCCCGAUCGGUGAUCACCCCCAAAAGAUUAUCGACCUUGGAACGGGCACUGGUAUCUGGGCAAUGGAAGUUGGAGACCAGUACCCUGGUGCUGAGGUGACCGGCGCCGACUUAUCACCCAUUCAACCUGAUUGGAUUCCGCCAAAUGUGCGCUUCAUAGUAGAUGAUGUCGAAGACGAGUGGUUGUUUGACAAGGACUUUGACUUCAUCCAUAUGCGCAACCUGGCGACUUGGGUUCACAAUCUCCCCAAGCUCUUGGAACGCUGUUUCGCUAACCUUAAGCCCGGCGCUUGGGUUGAAACCCAAGACUUCAACUCCAACGUCAACUGUGACGACGGGACCAUGCCUGACGACUGGGCCCUUAUUAAAUUUUGGGCUCUCCUUCACGAGGCCAUGCUCAAGCUAAACGUUGACAUUCGGGUUGCCCCACGAAUCGGCGAACUGAUGGAACAGGCCGGAUUCGUCAACGUGAGAAAGACAGCCUACAAAGUGCCGGUUGGCACUUGGCCUAGGAACAACAUUCUCAACCUUGUGGGCGAGUACAUGCGCACGAUUAUGGAGGAUCUGCUUGGCGCAGCUGCGAGCAAGCCCCUCAAGACGUUAGGCAUGACAGACACGGAGAUCCAAGUCUUCCUCGUGUCUGUACGAAGUGCGCUGAGGGAUCGCAACGUGCACGCUUAUGGCACAUAUUACUCAUGGGUUGGGCAGAAGCCGCUUGAUGCGUAG